AUGUAUAGAAAAUAUCUGCGAGAAAUCGAAGCUAAGGAGAAUGUAAUGGGAACGCAGUGCAGUGCACCAGCAAGUUUAAGGACGGAAAAUGCCGACCCUCCCCAAAAUACCACCAUUCAAAAUUCUGGAGCUCUAGAAAUCCAGAAUACCUCUCAAAAUGAGGGACAUACUUCGGGUCCAAGCACAGCUCAAAAUCCAGACAACUUAGUGUCCCAAGGUGCAACUCCGCCCCAAAAUGACACACAAAAUCCAGGUCCAAGCACCGCUGCUCCGGCUAAAAAGCAGCUCACUCCAGAGGAAGAGAAGAAAAGAAAAGAAUUUAUUGAACAUCAAAAGAGGGAAUUAGAUAAACUGCUAGAAAUGGCAACGAACACUGAAAUGAUGAUUUUCAAAUCCUUUCCAUUUCAAGAGGCGAUAAUUUGUGGAAAUUUCAACGCUAAUUUUCCUAACACAACCAAAACCAUACGUAUAUUUACAAGCAGUACAUUUACAGAUACGAAAUAUGAAAGAAAUAGUUGGAUGGCCAAAGCUUACCCGAAAAUAAAGGAACACUGCUUCAAAAAGGGAUACGAGUUUCAGGUGGUGGACAUGAGGUGGGGCGUCCGUCAACAAGCAACAGAUGAUCACAUGACCACUGAGCUUUGUAUGCAUGAACUGCAUCAAUGUCAACAGAUUUCAAAAGGACCAAGUUUCAUAUCCCUAUUUGCCCACAAGUAUGGGUAUCGGUCCUUAUUAAGAGUUAUCAAUGCAGAUGAAUUUCUGAAGAUCCAGUCACAAAUAAAGGAACCAGAAGAUCUGAAACUCAUGGCAAGAUGGUACGAGCAAGACAAAAAUGCGGUACCAGAAGUUUUCGUAUUGAAGCCCAUCAGCAGAAAUAUUCCAGAUUUUCUGUCAAAAGACUUUGACAAACAGUCAGCUGGAAAAACCCAAUUCUGGAACGAGAGUGAAAAACUAAUGGCGAUCAUUUCUCGUGGAGCAACACUAGGUCUAGACGAGGUAGAGGCAACGAAGUAUAAAAUGUCGGUGACAGAAAUGGAAACUGAGACUGGUUUAAAAGAACGUGCCAUCAACAAGAAAUGCUUCUGGUUCAGAAAAAAGUUCCGGGAUAUUGAGAAUCAGGAACCCAGUUAUACACUGUCUAGAUACAUUGAAUGCUUGGGAGAUGAAAAAGUGUGGAAAACAGCCAGAGAAAGGAACAAAGCUCUUCAAAAACGAAUGGAGGAAAAGAUUAACCCAGAUAAUAUUUAUACGUACGAACUUAACUGGACAGAAAAAGGGAUUGACCCGAACAACAAAGAACAUGCUGAAUAUCUAGAACAGAUUACUGAGGACUUCCAGACACAGAUGAUAGUCUCAAUAGACGAAGCAAUUAAAGAAAAGGAAAGCAACAAAAAGUUGUCGUUGAAACCUGAACGUGAAGAAUUUUUGAGACAUGCUGCACUCGUUGAAGAAAAAUCCUCGGGAAUUAGGGGUCGUGAUGAAAUUGUUAAGAAAAUCAAAGACUACGUGCUUGGAGACAGUAAGGAAGUUCUUGUUGUUCAUGGCGAAUCUGGAUGUGGGAAGACCUCCGUAAUGGCACUGGCAGCAAAACAGGCAUUCCAAUGGAUACGUGGCAAUGGCAUGGUACUCGUGAGAUUUCUAGGAUCGACACAGGAGAGCUCCAAUCUCUUAACUCUUCUUCAGUCCAUGAUAUCUCAGAUCCACCAAUAUUUCAAAUUACCGGAAGUUAAAUCUCAGGAUUUACAAGUUCUAGUCAAGAAGUUCCAGACUUCUUUGCGAUUCUUCAUUUUAAAAAAGAAAAAGGUUGUCCUCUUCAUCGACUCCAUUGACCAGCUUGAAUCAGCUCAUAAUGGACGAGUUGUCAGUUCGUGGAUUCCGAAGAAUCUGAUAAAAGAUACAAAAGUUAUUAUCUCCACCCUUGAUCAACCAGAGUUUGGAGUCUUCCCAGACAUUAAGACUCUUUCUGCAGAGGAAAAUUUUAUUCAAGUCCCUUUGCUGACGUCAUCAGACAGAGAAGAUAUCCUGGACCAUUUUUGUCAGACAAGUAACCGAACAUUAACGGACGCACAACGCACGUAUGUUUUAGAAAUGUUCGAGAAAUGUCCACUUCCUCUGUUUAUCAAACUGUCAUUCCGUGAGGCAAUGGAAUGGACGUCAUUCCGCUCAAUUAAAGAAUGUUGUCUGCAAGACACUAUUCGUGGAUGCAUAGAUCAGUUAUUUCAAAAAAUGGAAACCAAAUAUGGUCGUAUAUUUGUUUCAAGGACACUUGGAUAUAUCACGGCAGCUAAGCACGGUUUGUCAGAAUUUGAACUGGAAGACAUCUUGUCCUGUGAUGAUGACGUGUUAAAUGACGUUUAUCAAUUUUGGACUCCACCAAUCAGAAGGCUUCCGCCACUCUUGAUAGUACGCUUGCGCUAUGAUCUGCGCUGGUAUCUUGUGAGUCGAGGAGAUUCAGGAAUCCAGAUUUUAAGUUGGUAUCAUCGUCAGUUCUGGGAGGCAGCAGAAAAUCGAUACACCAAAGAUGAAUCAACAAGGCUUCAGCUCCACACUGGUCUAGCGGAUUAUUUCUUAGGGAGAUGGGCUGGAAACACUCCCAAACCUUUUCAGGAUAAAAAUGGAAAAGCAGAGGAAAUUCGCUAUGUUGCCAGUCAACCAGUACAACUUGGAAAUCAAAUCAACGAGAGGAAAAUGAAAAACCUUCCUUAUCAUCUAGCAAAAUCAAAGAACCUGAAAGAUCUGAAGAAACAUUGUCUUCUAAACUUCGACUUCCUAAUCCACAAACUGCUGUGCCUCCAAACUGAAGACCUGCUAGACGAUUUUGCACUGGCUCGUUCCCUGUUUCCAGCUGAGACAGACCUCGAAAUGCUAUCGCAGGCAAUCAAUUUGUCGUCUGCUGCACUGUCACUUGACCCGCGACAGCUUCCAUCACAUUUGUUGGACCGACUGGAAAACUCAGAGUGCCAUAAAGACCUACUAGCUCAAUGUCAACAGAGCAUGUACCCUUACAUUGUGUGCUCGCAUUCUCUCCUCAAAAAGCCUGGGGGUCAGUUGAUCAGGACACUUACGGGGCAUACAACAACAGUGACCAGUUUGGAUCUACAUUUGUACCCGUCUGGACAACUCGUUGCACUAAGUGGCAGCUCCUCUGACAAUAUCAUUAAAACAUGGGAUGUCCAUACAGGCAAAGAAAUAAAGUCAGGUUCAACAAUGCAGCUGGAUAUGUACAACGCAGCUUUUGCAGCAGAUGGUCAAAUCAUUGUUCAGAUAUUUAAAAACGCAAUUAUUUGCUGCAGCUCACAAUGGGAAUUGAAGUACACUCUUAAACUAAAACAAAAUGUCGGAGUGACGUUUGCUGGUAAAACUAAUAGUACCAUUGCUGCCAUAGACACAGACGAGCUCAUCCUAUGGGACGCUUUGACCGGGGAGGAAAUAAGACGCAAAACAACACCAUCUAAGUUUGAAAAAAGUUAUGGGAUGGAACUCCUCAGAGGAUCAGAAAAUUACGUGGCUUUUACAAGCAAUCUAAUGGAAAACUUAUGCGUUUACAACAUUAAAGAUGAUUUGUUCUCCCCCGUUGUUAACAUGGGGGAAGAUAAAGAUAUAAUCACAAUGGCCAUAUCAUCUGACGAGACUCAGAUUGUGACCGCAAGAGGAAUAAAUGAAUUGGCAAUUUUCGAAAUUUCCACACUUCAACUAUUGCGUACAAGUAAAGCUUUGGAAAAUUUUCAUCUUCUGAAUUCGAUGCAUUCGAAAAAUGACUCUAUACUUACCUGCGACCAAAACUUCGUACUUAUAUUAGACAAAACGGGAAGUGACGUAUCUUCGCAUUUCCAUCAUGCGGUUUCUCUGGAGGACGUAAAAACAUGUGACAUGAAGAUAUUUGUCACCAGGACGCAGGACAAAAUAAUUAGAGUUUGGGAUUUAGAGAAAAAGGACGUCCAGAACAAACUUCCAGAACAAGUAAACAGGAUCAGUGAAAUAAUUCCCAUGAAGAACACGCGCUACACAAUCUUACAUCGGACUUUAAAGGACGGACCAAGCCUUUUCGAAGUUUAUGACCUUCAAAGAGACAAGGUUGUAAAAACCAUAACUAUGGACUGCAAAGUAGGGGACAUAACUCUACUGGAUGACAGCAGUCUCCUUUUGGUUAACUCAAAUGAUAAGAUAAUAAAGAUUUCCCUGGACACAGUAUCAGUAGCAACUGAAUUUGAAGGACUUAUUCCUGCAGCGAAUAGCGACUUGCGCCUUUUUAAUGGUGGUAAAGAACUCGUAGUGCAAACUCGGGGAAGAAUUAACUUGAAAUGCUAUGAUGUGGAAUCAGGAAAAGUUACAAAAAUCAUUCCUUGUUCAACUAAGGAAAAGUCAAGUCCUAUUGAUAUGAUAGCGGCUUCCCGAGAUGGCCAUAUUGUAACUUGUAUAACUGAAGAUGAGAGAUUUCUCGUCUGUGAUGCAGAAAAGAAAAGGAUUAUAAAAACAAUCACCAAGAAGGAUCUCGGAUCAAAAGCACGUGAAACUGGUUUAGAUAUUGCGGUCUCUACUCGCGGAAAUUACGUCAUUGGAUCAUUGCAGUUGGCAGCAGCAAAAGAAACACUUACUACGCCAUUUGUUUGGAAAAAAGAAGAUGAUGAAAUCACAGUACUUUUUGACGACAAUGACUUAAAACAAUACAUAGAACAAGGUAAAGAUGUGUAUGGUUUUGAGAUGAAUACUAUGGUUUUUGUCAAAGAUGAGCUCUUAGCAGUAGCGUACCAAGACGGUGUAAUCAGAUUGUGGGAUGUAGCACAAGGAACUGUUCACAUGAAGUUAAGUGGGCACACAGACAUUGUGGAAGUUUAUGGCAACCCCUAUGGACCGUACAUGAUGUCAUAUUGUGACAUGGAAGAAACAAAUCUGAUGAGAAUAUGGGAUAUCAACAGCUGGGAAUGUCUGGCAAGCUACAGACCUGAAGCUUUUUUCCGGAAAGUGACACCAGCAAGCGAUGGGAAAAGCUUCCUGGCUGAAUUAGACCAAAAUCUUGUGCAUUUCACACUGAACGAAUUCGACAAAAAUGAUCUUGAGAUGCAGAAAUUGAUAAACGAGAGCGAUGAUACUGAAUUUAGAUUACAAGUACUGGGUGAUAAUGACAAAACUGUAUCUCCUGAUGAUCCAGAUCAAGAGGAUGAAGAACCUGAAGAAACAUUCAGUGAUGAUGAAGAUGACGACGAUGAUAAUUGAGACAACGAUGAAGAUGAUGAAACCAAA